GGAUGAAUUUUAAAACAGACAAUCAACAUUCAACAAGAUUGGUUUAUUCAUUGAGAAGGCAAUUUUCAUACCAAAUGGAACCUGAUUAUAAGUCAAAAGCCAUCAAAUUACGAUCCAAAGGAAUCAAGCCUCUACAGUUUACAUCGUUAUACAAUCAAAGUCCAAUUCUCAUGGAAAUUACUGGUUAACUAUGAUUACAAGAUUAACCCAUGAAUACUAAUUGUUCAUAUUUGUUUAUUUACACAAGCCAGUCAAUUUAUUUUGAUCUUACCUUCAACUUACCCUCUGUGUUGGAUAUUAUCAAGAAAAUAGCUGUCCUACACUCAACUGGUUUCAAUCCUGCUGGUAAUUUAGUGACAUUCCGACAAGGCCCUGUCAUUGUAAUUCAUAUCUAAAAUCAUCCAGCUUUGUUCACCAUAGUAACGUGCGUUAUUUUACUGUCAACUUCAAGAUUCAAUUCAAAAUCAAAUUACAACCAAGAAAAGGAAUAUAAUUACAAUGUGAUUACAUUUUAAAUUCAAAAGAUUGUCCAAUAACAACUAAACCUGGUCUGGUUAAGAUUAACGUUUGUUCAAUUUUAGUGAUAAGAUUGCUGUUUCAUCGAGGAAUCAAAGCUGAUAUUGGAAUUACUCCUUAAUCAUUAUUGAAACCUUAUUUACAUUAAUUUCAAGUCAUGCAAAAUUAUUCCAUCAUUAGUCAAGAAUAAGCUGUUGAUUUAGCUUUUGUCUGCGGUGACAAGAUCAACAGUUUGAAUAAAAUUUGUCUGAUCUUCAUUUCAAUGAAUUAACUAAAAAUUUUCUCAAGUCUGUAGCAUUAAACUCAAGUCUUUACUUAAAUCUCCAUUUAAGACUGUUUCCUCUGAAUAUUGGAGAAGCUGCUCAGAUUAAUUUACAAUGAACCUGGAUUGUAAGUUGGAACUAUCAGUUGAACCAUGAACUCUGAAUGUGUCAAAUGUUGUUGACCUGCGCCUGAUUAUUGAUUACUGCCUGUUAAAUCAAUUGUUGGCCAUGUAAAGUCAACUUACUAAGCCUUUCCAUCUCAUCAUGUUUAUAUUUAUAUUCAACUAUUUCCGUUUCAAUUGAAACAUUUUAUUAAAUACAAUUUACCACAAAAAAUGAUGAAAAUAACCUUUACUAUUAACCUAAUCAAACAACCAAUUGUAUAGAUCAAUCAUUAUAACCCAAAAACUGGUUGAUAAACAAUAGUUAUCCAAAUUUAAUAUCAUCACCGGUAAACUGUAAAUUAUUAUCAUUUUAAAAUGGUUUGUUAAUCACUAUGAAUAGCAAUGGAUCAAAAUUAUGCCUCCAUCAAAACAAAUCGACAUUUACUCGUUAAAUUUCAUUUCAUCCUCUAAUCCGCUAUUGAGUGAUGAAUAAUCCUCGUGAAAAUUACGAGAUUAAUGGAUUAUUUGAGUUGAAUGGUCGAUCAUCUACUAAUUAUGACACCGCUGAUGAAAGGUGCAAUCCUAAUUAUAACAAUGGUCAAGAUGAGGUUUUAUUGACAAACCAUCAAACAUCAAAUGUCCAGAGGAGCAACUCUAAUCACAGUGAUGUUGAUUGUGUUUUACCAUAUCGAUUUUUUGAUGAACAAACAUCUUAUUUCAAAGAUGGCAAGAGUAAAAUAGAUUAUAUUCUGGUUUAUGAAGAGAGGACGAGAUCAAAUGUAUCUUUUGAAACUCAAGAUGAAACCAUUGUUAGAGCUCGUAAAGAGCGUAAAGAGCGUAAAUAUCGUGAAAGAUUUAUCAACAAUUUACGUAAAAUUGGUUUGCUGAUAGAGGAAGAAGUUUUACCGGGAAGAUUGGAAGUUGAUCUCGAUGUUAGAGCCCGUAAUGGAUCCACGAGAAGUAACCAAAGCCGAAAAGUCAAUAAUGGAAACGAUGUUGAUGCUCAAAAUUUUGCCCGAUCCAGUCCAACUAUUUAUUUUUUCAAAAUAUCCAUACCAUGGCCAGUAUUAGCUCAAUAUGCUGAAAAAUUGAAUGUCCGAGCUCCUCUUCAAGCUUAUCCAUCACUGUUUCACGAUUGGUCCAGUAAUAUUUUUCGAAUCUUAAAGAUAUCAAAUCCACUUUACAUUGACGUUCCCAACAAGCCAUUACAGUAUUUUACUUGUCCUUUCAAAAUAUCUAAAAUUGACCGUUUCCUAAACCACGAUGAACCAGAUACAAUUUUCACCACCAACCAACGAAUUCGCCUGGUUCAUGAAAUACUUCAAUCAACCGUUUACGGUCAUAGGAAACGAGCUCAAAUAGGAAUUGCACGGAUGCUGAAUGAGGAAAUUUUUACGGGCGCUUUUCCUCUACAUGAAGGACCUUACAAGAGUAAAGAAUACAUUGAUCCCAAUGAAAUGAACAAGCGUCAAGUUUUAUAUCAAUACUGGGCCCGGUGGAGUUGCUGGUAUAAAUAUCAACCUUUGGAUCAUGUUCAACAAUAUUUUGGUGAAAAGAUUGCGAUAUAUUUUGCUUGGUUAGGUUUUUAUACUAGCUGGCUUUUGCCUGCAGCAGUUGUUGGUUUACUUGUUUUUAUCUAUGGUGUUGCAACUAUUGGCCAAGAUGUUGUAUCGAAAGAAAUCUGUGAAAGUGGCACCAAAUAUCGAAUGUGUCAAAACUGUGAUGAACCUGGUUGUCCAUACGAGUAUAUCAGUCAAACCUGUUUCUUUGCUCGACUGUCAUAUUUAUUUGACCAACCUGGAACAGUAUUUUACUCAAUAUUUGUCUCAUUUUGGGCUGUUGCUUUUCUAGAGUACUGGAAGCGUAAGAGUGCAUCUCUAUCUUAUCAUUGGGAUGUGAUGAGUUUUGAAGAGGAGGAAAAAUCUCGACCUGAAUUUGUCGCUAGAGCACCUUUCAUCAAACGAAAUCCAAUAACUGGUCUACAAGAGCCGAGCUUUCCAAACCGAAUUCGCUAUCAGCGUAUGGCUGCUGGUCUCAUGUUAAUUGCACUAAUGUUAAGUUUGGUUGUUGUUUUUGUCGUUGCCGUGAUAAUUUAUCGUUUAUUGGUAUCAAUACCUCUUUUUAUGAACCCAAAUUUAUCAGGAUGGGCUUCUAUCAUUGCAAGUUCAACUGGAGCUCUUGCCAAUCUCAUAUUUAUCAUGCUUCUGAGUCCUGUUUAUGAAAAAUUAGCUUUCCGUUUAACUCAAUGGGAAAUGCAUCGAACUCAAACUGAAUUUGAUAACCAUUUGACUUUUAAAGUUUUCAUCUUUCAAUUUUUCAAUUACUACUCAUCAAUAUUUUAUAUUGCCUUCUUCAAAGGCAAGUUUAUCGGCACUCCUGGUAAUUAUGCACAAAUAUUGGGAUUGAGAAAUGAAAAUUGUUCCAAUAAUGGCUGCCUUGGUGAAUUGGCUCAACAAUUGGGAGUUAUUAUGAUUGGUAAACAGAUUAUCAACAAUGCCCAAGAGAUAUUGUGGCCUAAAAUGAAAACAUGGUGGCAUCAGCGUCGAACUAACAUACCUUCUCGAAGAGAGGGUGGAAAGGAAGGAAUGACUAGAUGGGAACUCGAUUAUUCAUUGCUUCCUUAUGAAGGCUUAUUCGAGGAAUAUCUUGAGAUGGUUCUUCAGUUUGGUUUCAUAACAAUAUUUGUGGCUGCUUUCCCUUUGGCUCCUUUCUUUGCACUUUUAAACAAUUGGGUUGAGAUACGAUUAGAUGCACAAAAGUUGGUCUGUCAGACUCGUCGACCUAUUCCAGAGCGAGCACAAAAUAUUGGCAUUUGGUUUUCAAUACUUACCUUUCUUGCUCAAAUAGCGGUUAUCAGUAAUGCCUUUCUCAUCGCAUUUACAUCAGACUUUUUGCCCAAACUGGUUUAUUCAUUUGAAAAUAACUUUUCACUCCAUGGUUAUCUUGAUUUUAGCCUUUCUUGGGCACCAGCAAAUACAACAUCUUUACCAUGUCGUUAUCGUGAUUUUCGUGAUCCAAAUGGUAAUCUGACGUUAACAUAUUGGAAAUUAAUGUUUGUUCGGAUUGCAUUUGUUUGCAUCUUUGAACACGUCGUUUUUUCUGUCUCAAAAUUGAUCGAUGUAAUUGUGCCUGAUGUGCCUCGACGACUGGAGGUUCAAAUUAAACGAGAAAGAUAUUUAGCUAAGCAAGCUUUGGCUGAUUCAGAUACGAUAUUACAGGCUGCAACAGAAAAAAUAGCUUCAACCAUGAUGAGACAAAUUUCACGUCAAUCAAAUCAUUAGUGUUCAAAGGGCCAUAAGCAGUCUAAAUGCAUAUCUGUCAACCUUUUCUGUUAAGAACAAUGUUUAACGUUAAAUGGGUGAAUUCGGUCAAAACCUCGUUCGAGAGACGAAUCUGGAAUGAAAUUUUUCAGGCUAUAUCUCAUUUAAUAAUUGAAAUAAAAGUUUUGACUUGAAACCAUCAA